AGGGGAUCCUUGGUGUUCUUGGCGGGGGAGGAGGCGGCCUUGCUUGUUUUGGAUCGACUGCGAAAUCUUCUGCUUAUUUGGUGUUUCUUUUGCCGGCGGGAUUGGUUUGUCGGUAGAGCACACACAACUACGAGCGCUUCUUCUGCUUAUCCACCAAUGCCGGAGCUGUGUUGUCGAUUUCUGCUUGGAUUCUGCCUGGGUUACUUUCACGCAAACCAUCUCUGGUUUCCCUCUGCUGCUCAUAAAUAGGAGCACGCCACUCCCUUUUGAUCGAGCUGCUGCCUGGCCCUGCCUUCAGAAAAAAAAGAAAAGAAAAAGAAAUGCCCCUGCAUUUGACCAAUUUGUCCGCUCUCUAUCUCCGAUUCAUCCGGGCUUUUUCCUCGGUGCUGUCAUCUGAUUUGCCGGAUUAGUCUGCGCAGACGUGAAUCCAACUCCUUCAGGCUGUCGCAAGGAGGCGGAGUGCCGCGCUGGUGAUUACUAGUAGGCAUCACAUCUCCGGCCUCAUUUGCCCUGUUCAUCACCAGCUUCUUGGAAGUCUACAUUUUGGUCAGACCCUGUGAAGAAAAAAUCCUCUCACAACUACUACCAUGGGUGCCUGCGUGUCUUCAAGCAGAAGGCGGAGACCGCAGAGAUUGCGCUGCACAUAUCGCCGCGGAAAGGUUUUGAGAAACACGCCUACCAUACGUGCCAGUGAUGUGGGGACCUGUGCUGCUUCUGGAGAAGUUGUCCAUGUAGAGACUUCCGCGGCCACUCGCAGGAAAUCUGAUGGCUCGAACGUAACAUUCCACCUCACACAGCUGCAGUGGCAUCAUAGCGAGCUAGACUCGGAAAACGGAAGUGUUGUAUGUCAGGAAGAAGCAUGGUUCGAUUCUGUCAGUAUUUUGGGGUCUGAUUCCGAUGAGGACUUCAGCAGUGUCAACGGAGACUUUCCUGCCAUGUCAAGUGCAGGAAGGACACACUUGGUGCAGUGCGAAGAUGCUUCAUGUAUUGCUGAUUGCAUCCAGAAGUUCGAGAAGUUUUUCGACGGUUCAUGUGUUGCUCAAGCUGUUGGACAGUACCUAACAAGAGAUGCAAACUGUAUGGAUAGAUCAAGCCAAUCUGGUGUCCAGGAAGGAGAGGCGCUUAAAAUCGCAAGCUCGGAAAUAUCCGAUGUCUCUGGUGCUAAGGUGGAGGAAGCAAAGACAAAAACUGAGGGCGUAAAAAUGCUGACAAAACUUCGACGAGGCGACGAGGCAUGCAAUAACUUGAAGUCUUUCAAAGAUGGAGAAAAACCUCAUGAAAGUAUCUUCAAAAGUUUGACACCAGUGUGCACGCCUCGUCAUGCUAAUAAGGUUCAGCCUUUGGGAGUAGCGAGCCCACGGGGCCAAAAGAAGAAGUCGGGAGUUGUCAGGCUCUCUUUCACAAGGACAUCUUUUGAUGGGGAGCAAACUACUGAAAUAUGCUCUAGGAGGUACUUGAUUCGUCCAAGAGCCGGGCUAUUGAUUCCUCAAGCGAGCGAGAAAAUAUCAGAAGGUUGUUGGUCCAUUCUUGAGCCUUCGACCUUCAAGCUACGCGGAGAAAGCUUUUUCAGAGACAAAAAGAAGUCAGCUGCCCCAGGAAGUUCUCCAUAUACUCCAAUCGGUGUGGACAUGUUCAUGUCACCAAGGAAAAUACAUCACAUUGCCCAGCAUAUUGAGCUACCAUCUAUAAGGCCAAGUGAGAAAGUUCCUUCGGUACUUAUCGUAAAUAUUCAGAUACCUACAUAUCCGACUGCUAUCUUCCUUGGUGACAGCGACGGGGAAGGGAUUAACCUGGUGCUGUAUUUCAAACUGAACGAAAACUUUGAGAAAGAUAUUUCUCCUCACUUCUAUGAGAGUAUCAAGAGACUUGUGAGCGAUGAGAUAGAAAAGGUCAAAGGGUUUCCAUUAGACUCAACUGUUCCUUACAGGGAAAGAUUGAAAAUAUUGACUGGGUUGGUUAACCCAGAUGAUAUGAAUCUGAGUUCUGCGGAGAGGAAACUUGUGCAGGCUUAUAAUGAGAAGCCAGUUCUGUCACGGCCUCAACACAACUUCUAUGUGGGACCAAAUUACUUGGAGAUAGACCUAGAUGUGCACCGGUUUAGCUUCAUAUCGAGGAAAGGGCUCGAAGCUUUCCGAGAACGGCUGAAGCAUGGUGUAAUCGAUCUGGGUCUAUCCAUACAGGCCCAGAAGCAGGAAGAACUCCCUGAGAAUGUCCUGUGCAGUGUAAGGCUAAACCGGCUUGAUUUCGUCGAUCAUGGACAAAUACCAACACUCCUUCCUUGCGACGACGACUGACACGUGACCUGGGUGUGCUAAGUUAAACCUGAAGUUUCAGUCAGGACCUCAAAACCAUUUCCAGGUGCUCACAAGUUCUGACCCUUGAGGAUUGACGACCUUCCCUUUGCUAUGUGUGCUUGGAGGGGUUGCGUUGCUCUGCAAGAUGAACGGUCCUGCCGCAACCCGCAAUGUUGUUAUGUAAAAACAUGCGUAUAUAGUCAUGUUUAUUAACAAUCUGGAUAUGUGGGUCAACUUCGAAUCUGUGAACCCCGCGAAUCAGGAGUUGACGAUGCUAUCUGGACCGCCUUAUUGGUUUAUUUAUUCAAUUUAUCUCUUGUCUAUCUUCUAAUAUCA